AUGGCGCACCUUGCACCUGAUCUGCGCGCCCUUAUAUCUCCGGAAUCCAUCGGUGACGUUCAUCCUAUCCCUAUUUUCCCAUGGGGAUACGUGGGGGGAGCACCAUCUGGUCACCCUCCAGCCACAUGGGGUAGCACGAGAGAGCUUCAGACUGCUAUACUCCAACGACUGGGUUGCUGGAGACCUAAGGACUGGGAAAGAAACAUAAGAUUUCUGUACCCUUCGAACCUGUUUUCUAUCGGGCACAUUCUCGACAAUCGACUUUCUACAUUUAAGCCUAUGUUCGAGUACAACUUCGUCGCUGUUGCUCCUCCGGGUGUCAGUAGCAUUGCUCUAGAGCAUGCCUCAUUGCCAUCUCCUACCAAUAACAAGUCGCCCGAUCAACAGGACAAACGAGAGCUCAGUGGCUACCCCUCACCUGCAAGUAUUCUGAGAAAUGCUGCCCAGCUUCCGCAGAGCCUUCCGGUGGAGGAGCCUCAUUCACCAACGCCAGAGGAGGGAGAGAUCCGCAAUCCUUCUCCGGAAGGCCAGCAGCUAUCGACCUGUACCCAAGAAUCGAAUAUUUUACAACUCACAAGGAGCUAUGGUGAGCACGAAAGCCAGGCUGUUGUCCAUGGUGGGCGAACAAGCAGAAGUCCCAGCCUUCCAGCCUCUACCGAACGAAGAAGUACACUCUCUGUCUCCCUCGAACGAUUCGUCAACAUGAGCGCCCGCUUGCACUGUGUAGAGGAUGAGAACUUCGACGUUGAUACAAUUGCAUGGCUAGUCAUGGGACUUGGAGCUGAUGAGUCCCGACAACGGCUGUUUUACUUUUACGACCAUGCGACAGUCGAUAUAUGGUAUUGUUUGGGGGAUGUGUUGUCUCAGCCAGUACGUCGUCUGACAGAACUUGGGUCAUCCCAGGAAGCAUGCAUUUCUCACGGCUUAUCGUGCAAGCGGGUUAUGGUCAUCCAAGAUGAACCUGGUUCUCGACGUCUCCGUUUCGAAUCAGUUUAUCGAGAUGAGUGA